AUUGAAGCGCGAAAUUGAUGAUCAAACCAUGCUCUUCAAAAAAAUUUUUAGUUGGCAAGAACCAUCCUUAUAUCCACAUCAUCUUGUCUUUCUCUAGACAUUCUAUUUCAUAUUGAUAGGCUUUUAACACUAUUAUAAUUAUUUAUUUAAUUACCAAUGAAUAGUGGUGGCGACAACAACGACGAAAAAGAGAGAAACAGGCAGAUCUGCCUGGACACCGAGUCGAGCAUCUGUCUGCAUUUGAUAAGACGCUGUACCCGUCGCAGAUGCUGGGCUCAAUGGCGGACAUCAAGUCCCUGGACCUAAGCAUCGGCCAGGACAUCAUGAUGAUUCCAGCCGAGGUAGCCUCGUCCGACACACAUUUUAUCCCGCGCAUCCAUGAAGUCAACGGAUCCAGCGACAGCCAGCAGCAAUUCACUCACUUGCUGGGUGUGGGCAAAAAGCCCACUGCAGCUGGCAGCAGCAGCCUUGGCCAGAGCAGUAGGCAUUGCAGCGUGGCGACUACCGAUAUGGCUUACGCGGGGGAUACUGAGGACUACUUCCAGGGUGUCUCAGAUGCAGAUACAGAGAUGGAUCGGGAGCUGCAAGCGGCCAUCGACACUGUUCUUGAAGGACGCAUGCCAACCAUCAAUGGUGUGCCGUCUAAGCAGAACAGCCAACAUGCUGUCUACAACCGCAACGGCAUUCUGGGCAGCGCGCGCAAACUUACUGGGAAGCUGUUUAGGGCCAAUGACAGCGCAUUUGUGCCUGUUGAUUUGGGUCAGCAGCCGCAGCCGCAGCCGCAGCAACAGCAGUCGGCCAUGGUCUACCUCCGCUUAGCGAGGCGCUGGGGCCUGCGGAUGUUCAGCCGCAGCGCCGCACUCUGGGCAAACUAUUUAGCGCCGGUUUUCCAGACGCCGCGAAGAGACACCGUCGCUCUCAGACGGCCAAAUGUCCAUGUCAUCGAUGGAGAAAGAGUCCACCGAGAGAAAAAUCGACAGUGUAAUCCCCGAUGACCAAAAGUCCAUUGUGCGCGCUGCCUGCUGCCUGCCAGAGCCCGUUACAGGCCCGCCUCGUCGCGGCAACAAAUUUUUGCGCCCAAUCACAGAGUUUGUGCAGAAGCGCCCGCUGGCCAGCCUU